GAGAGGAGUUAGUGCACUGGGGUCCCCUCAGGUGUUUGGCUCCAGUCAUGGACGGGAAUUCAGAGAAAGUGCCGAUCGCCUCGGCGGGACCAGAGGAUCUGCAGCACUUCAUGCCCCCGGCCUACUCCGCCGUGGCCGUGAAGCCCACCGCCACUGGCCGCCUUCUGAAGGCCGGGAUCGCUGUGCUCAUCGCCGGGGCUUUCCUACUGCUACUGGGGGCAGUGGGAGCGUUCUACUUCUGGAACAACAAUGAAAAACACGUCUACAAUGUCCACUACAGCAUGAGCAUCAAUGGAAAAGUGGAGGAGGGUACAAUGGAGAUUGACUCGGCCAAUAACAUGGAGCGAUUCAGCACCGGCAGCGGGGCGGACGAGGCCGUGGAGGUCCAUGACUUUGAGAUUGGGAUCACAGGCAUCCGGUUUUCAGGGGGGGAGAAGUGCUACAUCAAGACCCAAGUGAAGGCCCGUCUACCUGACGUGGAGGUUCUCAACAAGGACUCAUUGACGUUCGACCUGGAGGACGAGGUGAUGCCGGCUAAGUUCGAGGACGAUCUGAUCUGGGUGGCGGCUGACGCUCCCCUCUCGGACUCCGGCUUCCUCAGCAACAAGAUAAAGGACCUGUGUGGAGACCUGCCAAUCUUCUGGCUCCGACCCACCUACUCAACCAGCGGACUGAGGGAGCGCAGGGCGGCCCCCCGCCAGCGCCGCCGGGCCCCCGGGGCCGGGGAGGAGGAGGAGGACGUGGAGGCCGAGUUCAACCCGGAGAACCCUUAUCAGAGAGGCCUGGAGGGCGAGGAGGAGGGCGCCAUGAACAUCGACCCCAUGCUGGACCACCAGGGCGUGUGCUGCAACGAGUGCCGCCGCAGCUACACCCACUGCCAGAGGAUCUGCGAGCCGCUGGGGGGGUACCACCCGUGGCCGUACCACUACCGGGGCUGCAGGGUGGUCUGCAGGGUCAUCAUGCCCUGCAACUGGUGGGUGGCCCGCAUUAUGGGUCUGGUGUAAACACCCCCAACCACCUGGGACGCGGUGGAGUCCCAAAAAGGAGAGGGUGAA